GGUCGCGUGACCAUGUCUGGCUGCUGCCAGCCCAGUCCCGUCCCUUUUUUCAGUCUUUCUCGGAUGUAAUGUAACUGUUACAAAGAGCACACGACCUUACCCGUCCUCUACUAUGGAAUCUUGAAAACCCUAAUUGAAGGUGUCUAUAAAACCCUAAUUGAAGGAGUCUUUGAAACCGUAAUUUCUCUCCAAAACCCCAACCAUGAGCAACGAUUCCAUCAACAUGGAGCCAACGCCUGCCGAAAAGGCCCAAUCUUUACAAACCCUAGCCACCGGCUCUCUCUCUCCUUCCCUCUCCUCACUCUCCUCCAGUUCCAAAGCCAUCCCUUCCAAUAAGGAUUUUCACUUCUUCUACAACUUCGACGAGUUCAAGCUUCCCAUCGAGGAAAUCGCCUCGAAAUCACAGUCCAUGCUUGAAUCCAUUGGUUCGUCGGGGCGAAUCUGGGGUAACAAGCAAAUCGCUUUUCCCGAAAACGUGGAUGUUGAUGGAGAUGACGCGUAUGAUUGGCUGGUUAACGUGAAUGACGAGCUACUCGAGCGGUUUGAUGUUUCCAUUGAUGAAUAUCAGAGAAUUAGGAAGAAAGAGAAGGAAACGGGUCGAGUGUUGAGCUCGGCGAUGGAGGAAGAUGGGUUUCAGUUGGUGUACGGGAAGAAGAAGAAGAAAGAAGCUGGUGACUUUGCGAUUGAUUCGGGUGGGGGCUCUGUCAAUGGUAAGGGGGAGUUGGCUCCUGAUUCAAGUUCUUCUGGGGUGAAAGUGAAGAAGGCUGUGUCGGGGACAGGGAAGGCGAAGGUGCCAUUUCACGUACCGACGAUAAGGAAAUCGCAGGAAGAGUUUAAUAUACUGGUGAAUAAUGCUAACCAGCCCUUUGAGCACGUCUGGUUGCAGAGGAGUGAGGAUGGGCAACGGUUUAUUCAUCCACUGGAGAAGCUCUCUGUUAUGGAUUUUGUUGAUAAAGAUAUAGAGAAUGUUGUGGCUGUGAAACCCCUGUCAAUUGAGUCUACCUCUUUCAAGCUCGUGGAGGAAGUAAAAGAUUUGAAGGAGUUAGCUGCUAAGCUACGUAAUGUUAAUGAAUUUGCGGUUGAUUUGGAGAAUAAUCAAUAUCGGUCUUUUCAAGGAUUGACUUGCUUAAUGCAAAUAUCUACAAGAACAGAGGAUUUUAUUGUAGAUACUUUGAAACUUCGCAUUCAUGUUGGUCCAUAUCUUAGAGAAGUUUUCAAGGAUCCCACCAAGAAAAAGGUUAUGCAUGGAGCAGAUCAAGAUAUCGUGUGGCUUCAACGGGACUUUGGCAUUUACAUAUGCAACCUCUUUGAUACUGGACAGGCCUCGAGAGUUUUGAAGUUGGAAAGAAAUAGUUUGGAACAUCUUCUGCACCACUAUUGUGGAGUUACUGCCAACAAAGAAUACCAGAAGGCAGAUUGGAGAUUACGUCCACUCCCUGAUGAAAUGCUUAGAUAUGCCAGAGAAGAUACCCACUACUUGCUAUAUAUUUAUGACUUAAUGAGAAUUAACUUGUCUUCAAUGCCAAAAGAGUCUGAACAUGUUGAUGCUCCUUUAGUAGAGGUGUACAAGCAAAGUUAUAAUGUGUGCAUGCAAUUGUAUGAGAAAGAGAUUCUAAUGGAGAAUUCAUAUCUCCAUAUUUAUGGUUUGCAAGGAGCUGGUUUAAAUGCUGAACAGCUUGCAAUUGUUGCAGCACUCUAUGAAUGGCGAGAUAUUAUGGCCCGUGGAGAGGAUGAAAGUACUGGUUAUAUAUUGCCAAACAAAAGUCUUCUUGAAAUUGCCAAGCAGAUGCCUGUUUCUCCUAGCAAGUUGCGCUGUUUAUUGAAAUCUAAGCACCCAUAUGUUGAGCGCAACCUCGGUACAGUGGUUAGCAUCAUCAAGAACUCUAUGCAGAAUGCUUCUGCUUUUGAAGCUGCCGCCCAACAACUAAGGGAGAGACGCAUUGUAACAUCAACAGUGCCAGAAGAGAAUCAUUCAACAGUUAUUGAGGGAGCUGAAGUUUUACUUCCAGAUAGCACUAUUGACUUGAAAACUGCACAUGAUAGGACAGAAAACCUAGAUGGCAAGGCUGCACAGCCUGAUAGUAUGAGUCACCAACAACUAUCUUCUCCACAGCUCAAAGAGAAAGCAUUGGGUCUGGGGAGCAGCAUUCCACAACUUGUAAAAAAUAACCAAGAAUUCACUCUUGAGCAGCCAAUUUUAUAUGGUACCUCAAGGUCUGCCACGGAAAGUGUGGCCAUCUCAGGAACUAGUGAAGUAACAAAUGAUUCUACAAUUUUGCGUUCUUCAGUGAAGGUAACUGAAGCAAGCAUUCAGGUUCUGAAGAAACCAAGCCGUGGUUUUGGGGCACUGCUGGGAAGUGCAGCCACAAAGAAGAAAUCUGAUGUUGAUAAAAAGGACAUGGUAGGUAUCAAGUUGGAACAGAUUAGAUCUUCAGUGAAUCUUCCGUUCUACUCAUUUAAAGGUAGGGAAGAACAAGAUCAGCUAAAACCUGUAAAUGAGGAUCCAACAAGAGCUCCAGAGGUUUCACCACCAGAAGAGCCUCCUGUUGCAUCUGUCAAGUCAAACAUAGAAGAUGUUAUAAUGUUGGGAAAUGAUUCAGAUCUUGAGGAAUCAACAAAUGGAAGCACAGAAACUUCUGGUAUGUCUAAGAAGGAGAAUUCUCAAUCACUUAUUUUGGAAACAAACCGAGAAGAUGAACCUGUAUCUCUUUCUGAUUUGUCUUCAAGCUUCCAAAAGUGCUUCCAGUCGAUCAAUCAAAACAAAAAGCAUGGUAAAGUGAAAAAGUCGCAAGAGCCAAGUAACCUAUUGCAACUGAAGUCAUUUGACUAUGAAGCAGCUAGGAAGCAGGUUAAAUUUGGAGACAAUGCCAAAGAAGAAUCUGAAGCUCAGGGGGAAACUAGAAAGAGCCUGCAUGGCUCUGCCCGUAAGAAAGGUUCAGACAGCAGUCGAGUAGAAAAAGAUGGUGGGACAGGUGAAUUUCAACAAGGAAGAAGACGACAAGCUUUUCCAGCAUCUGGAAAUCGAAGUGCAACUUUCCAAUGAAUCUUUAGUAAUGGUAGGUGAUAACCAGUGAAACAGAGAGAGGAAAACAAUGUUGCAAUUUAAACUCAGUUGUCAAGGAGAAAUCACGGGGGGUGGAAUCAAUAUUGGAACUUUUACAUUGGUUAAAUCCUUAAUCAUAUAAGAUCGGGGCUAGGGAGGACUUUCCGUUUCCCCGGUAAGUCCUCCCAUGGUGCACCUAUUUUGCGUGACCACUGGUCCUCGUUGGAUUAAAAACUACUGGAUUUGCUGGACGUUGGAGGUCAUUUGACUAGGUUGUUCAUUUGAUCGAAUCUCAGUAGUUUGGAUGAAGCCUCCUGUGCCAUUGGAAAAAUCCUAAUUUUAAGAGGUGCAAAAUCCAAACUAGGAUGAAUUUUUCCAUUUUUCCUUUAUUUUUAUCCUAUCUCAUAACCCUCCUUAAAGCCAGUUUGGUUUGAAAGGAGUGAAAAGAGGGAAUAAGAGAAAAUUUAUUAUUUAGAUACUCCUUAUAGCCUGUCUGGUUUAAAAGGAGAGGGGAGGAAAUGAGAGAAUUUAUUAUUUAGAUAGAAAAGUUUAGAGGGGAGUGGGUGGGAGAGGCUCUCCUUGCUAUAAUUUUUAUUAAAGGGGAGGGGAUGAGAGAGGCUCUCCUUGCUAUAAUUUCUCCAAGGUAGAAGAAGGGGAAAGGAGGGAGGGAAAUCAAAGGAUAACAAUAUCCUCAUUCCUCCUCAUUUCAUCUGUUUCUCACGAACUAAACUGACUUUUAAAAU